CAAACCCAGAAACCAACAGCUCUCAGACUGAAGCUGGUAACCUCCCCGCUCAACAUGAAGGUCUCUGCAGCACUUCUGUGUCUGCUGCUCACAGCAGCCAUCUUCAGCACCCAGGUGCUGGCUCAGCCAGCUUCUGUCCCAACUGUCUGCUGCUUUAAUAUGGCCAGAAGGAAGAUCUCCAUUCAGCGACUGCAGAGCUACAGAAGAAUCACCAACAGCAAAUGUCCCCAGAAAGCUGUGAUCUUCAGCACCACGGACAAGAAAAUCUGUGUUGAUCCCCAGGAGAAAUGGGUCCAGGAUGCCAUGAAGUACCUGGACCAAAAAGCCCAAACUUUAAAGCCAUAAAUAUUCACCUUUUAAAACCAAA